AUGCCUUCAGGUCAGGGAGCUGGUACGAACCCAAUCCACAACAAGAAGCCAAAGAAGAAGCCAGCCGCCGAGGAGGACGACGAGGACAUCGCCUUCAAGCAGAAGCAGGCAGCCGACAAGAAGGCUCGUGAAGAGUUGGCGAAGAAGGCCGGCGGCAAGGGCCCACUGAACACUGGUGGCCAAGGCAUCAAGAAGUCUGGCAAGAAGUAG